AGGCCCAGGGUGUUUGGUGGGGUGGGUGGGCUGGAAAGCAGGGUAGAGCUAUGAAAAAGCAAGGAAGUAGGUGAAAUCACAGCUUCAGAGAGGAGACACCAACAAAGAGGAGGGAUAGAGAUGAGUGGAGGAGAGAGCGCCGAUCAGUGAGCUCUCCAGAGAGGAAGACGAAGGAGAUGAGCAGCCAGAGAGGGAGGGAGGGUGAGCAGCCAGCACAGAGGACAUCCAUCAGCUGAAGUAGCCAUGCUCUGAGCCCUGGAGCAGCAGGGCUACGCAGACAGAGCACAGGCCCUGAAUCAGGCCACCGCUCAGCCCUACAUCCCUUCCACAGACAGCAGAUCCUAUCCUCCUCCGCUGCAAGCAAGAACCAUGAGGACGGCCCGGAAGGGCAGCGUGGAGAUGCCUGCAUUUGUGAGACAGCUGGUCAAAGAAACAGAGAAGAGGGUCAGCUCUUUCUUCAAAGGAGGCCGUGGGGGAGCAUCGGACGGGGAGCAGCCAGGGGAGGGGGAGAAAGAGGAGGUCAUUCCCAGCCCCUACCUAGACCGACCAGUACUGGACAAGCUGACAGAGGAGGGCUGUGCCCGGUGGGGCCUUACCUACGCCCUGGGGAGCAUGCAGGGCUGGAGGGCCAACAUGGAGGACUUCCACAACUGUGUAUCACAGCUGGGGGGAGAGCUUGCAGAGUGGAGCUUCUUCGCCGUAUUUGACGGCCACGCCGGCAGCAGCGUGGCUCAGUACUGCUCUCAGCACCUUCUGGGUCACAUCCUGGCCACAGCUGGUGUCCGACUGGAGGACCACCCUGAAAAAGUGAAAGGGGCCAUCACAGAGGGCUUCAUGCAAACAGACAAGCACCUGCACUCAGUGGCCCGGCGAGAAGGCUGGGAGAGAGGCGGCACCACCGUGGUGUCCGCCCUCAUCUCGCCAUAUUACAUCUACAUUGCCAACUGUGGCGACUCCAGGGCCAUGCUGUGCCGCUCGGGGCAGGUGUUCUUCUCCACUGAGGACCACAAACCCUACUGCCCUCUGGAGAAGGAGCGAAUUGAAAGUGCCGGCGGGUCAGUGUCCCUUCAGAGAAUCAACGGCUCCCUGGCCGUGUCCCGGGCUUUGGGGGACUUCAGCUACAAAGGGGCAGAAAAUCGGACCCCCAGCCAGCAGAUGGUCUCACCAGAGCCAGAGGUGUGCAUCAUAGAGCGCUCGCCCUCGGACGAGUUCCUGGUUCUGGCCUGCGAUGGGGUGUGGGACACCAUCAGCAAUGAGGAGCUCUGUGCUUUCAUCCACAACCGGCUGCAGGUCUGCACGGACCUGAGGGAUGUCUGCAGUCAGGUCAUCGACCUCUGUCUGUACAAGGGCAGCCUGGACAACAUCAGCAUCAUUUUGCUCUGCUUCCCUGGUGCCCCCCAACUGUCAGCGGUGGCGUUACACCAGGAGGCCGAGUUGGAGGACCUGCUGGAAUCCAAAGUGGCAGAAAUAUAUGAUGAGUUAUCAGCAACUGGGGAGGAGCCUGACCUCCUGUCAGUCCUCACGGUCCUGGCGUCCACCGCUAUUCCUGGAUUACCUCCUGGUGGAGGCAUACAGAGCAAGAGAAACUGUAUUAUCUCUGCUUACUAUCAUCAAAGAGAGACACACCAGCAUGCAGUACCAAAUGCUGUGGGAACGUCAUGAAGCCCUGGAGUGGAGACUGUCUCUAACCUGUAAUUAAUGUGAAUAUUGAACCUUUUUCCUAAUGUGUCCAAUCUAACCAAAAGGGAUAUCACAUGACCUGGCAAAGGUGUCAGUUUACAUCAUGUUAGAAAGCAAGGAAAUGGUGAAAGCAGUGAGUGGCAUGCAAAAAAUAAAAGAAAUCUAAUAGAGACUUAAAGUUUAUAUAUUUAUAUGAGACAAAUAUUUUGUAAAACUCAGAUGCAGAGCAAGCAAUGAACCUCUGGCGCUAAUCCAGUGAACACACAGCCCAGCUAAUAUUUCAAAACCAACUGUGACACGGUACAUUUUUAUCAGUUGAAAACCUUGACUUUUUCAUGCGCAUAUUAAAGAUUUAAAUAUAAUAGUAUAAAAAAAGUUGAACAGUUUAAACUCAAUUUCUGUUUCAGCUUUAAAGCUAUAACUAUAAGUAAACAUACAGGUGGAUAUUUGUUCCUACUAGGCUUUUAGCUGGCAAUGUGUAAGGGCGUACAUUGUAUGCCCUUUACUAAAAAAAAUUACAAAUUGUAUGCCCUGUUUUUUGGGAUGUACGGUUUUGGUACCCCCUAAUUUGCCUCUGGAAACUUCACUCAAAUUUUCAAAAUUUCUGAAACAGCAGAUAAACCAAUGAGAGAAGCUGAUCUAGGAGGUGGCAAGGAGACAGACUGCUGAGGCAGAGCGCUAUGAUCAAUCCCCUGAAACAGUUUAUUAACGCCUAAAUUAACUUAAAAUGACAAAACCUGCAGGCAAAGUAUGUUCACUUUUAUUAUUCUGGUGCCUGCCGUUUGUACCACGUACCUGAAAAACGGUAACAUCUACUUCCAGCUGCCACCAACAGUAGGUUAAAAACACCCCAGAGGCUAACGGGCCUGAGGCAGCUGCUGCUGGGGAUUCCCAGUGACAGCGCACUGCCUGUAUGUGGGGAUCUGAGCGGCUCAGACAGAGAAAUAAUAUUUGAAGGCAGGAUGGUAAUCUGGAUUAACUGACUGCACAGAUGAUGUUUUAAGGUGGACUUUCUCACCUAAAAAUUUAUUAAAACUACUUUUUACCCACUGAUCACUGCAAAUAUAGCAAAGCCGCUCUCAUUAAACACAGGAGCAGCAGAAACAUUAGACGCAUCUGAACACACUUUACUGGACGUCUGACUUUAAUGUGGACAAGCAUCAGAAAUUAAGCAGCAGAAGCUUUUUUGAUGCUUAAAACGUGUUCGCUGUGAACGUAGCAUUAGACUUUCUGAUUGUUUCAAUUAACCUAUGAAACAUAAUAUUGUACCUAAAAAUUAUCUCACGUCUUCCUUAAGAAAUUUCCACCAAAUGGUCAAGAAAACAUGCCUCCCAUAAUCAGGACAGGAGUAAUGUUGGGACAAAGACAAAAAGUUUGCUGCAUUCCACCUCAAUGUGCAGGAAAUAGCAUUUCAGAGAGUCUAAAUUUCUACGUUUCCUGGGGGAAGGAAAACCCCGGAGCCCCCUACACUGCACAAAGCCUGAAGAUGUGAUAAAUAUGCCUAGCUAAAAGCCUGUUUCUUACUUACAGUCAGAAAGAGUCAGGAACCCGUUUAUAUGAUUUUUAUGCAGUAGUAGCCAUUCAAAAUUUCUCCACUUUCAAUGGCUGUUCCUCUACAAAUCCUUUUUAAACGUCAAUAUUUGUACCAAAAUAUUAUUUCUGUCAUGAUUUGUGGACAAUAAGAUUAAGACAAACGUCAUCUCCUGAAAAAACCCUUUAAUGCAGUGAAAGGAUGGAGUCAGGAAAAAGAUAUGCAAGAGGGGGGUCACUCCAGUGGCUGGGAGUUGGAGGGGAUUUUGCUGGGGGUUGGAGGGAAGUGGGCUGCUGCCAUCCAGCUGGAGUUUGACUAGGAAGGACCAUUUUGAACGGCUGCUACUGUAGCUGGUGAAAAGCAGAUGAUUACAAAUUUAUCAACUUACAUGUAUACAUAUUUUUUAAACUUCAUUCCUACAGUGGCUGAGAAGUGCAAAUAUACAGGAAAUGACUGCAAACACAACACUGAGAUAAGCAAAUAUAAAUGUUAGACCAAAGGAAAAAUUCUUCAAAAUCGAAAUGAUACAAUCACAGAAAACGGAGAACAGUCAAGUGCAAACGUACGCAAAGACAUAAAUGAUGCUAACAAAAAACAUAUGCAAAGUCAACAUACAGCAACUAGCAAAAACCUCCUGCAAGUUAAAAGAAGUGAUUCCAACCACUAGGGGGAGACAGUCUCAAGCUCAUGUGGAAUCAGGCGUUAAAUAAAGACAUAAAUGCGCAGAGAGAUAAAGAGUUGGUUUGUGUAUGUUUAUUUUCAUGCCUGAGGAUCUGGUCCCUAGGAGUAAAUUUUUACUAAAGUUUAUGUUCUGGUCCGGUCUGUGUUGGUGAAUGUCUCCCCCUUGUGGUUUGGAGCAUUUUCUUUAUGUGGAGCUUGUUUACAGCUUUUCUGAAGUUGCAGUUGUUUUUUGUACUUUCUU